UGCUGUUCCCAUUGGGAAUGCUGGGUACCUCUGUGCUGGGUGCCUCUGUUCCCAAUGGGAAUGCUGGGUACCUCUGUGCUGGGUACCUCUGUUCCCAUUGGGAAUGCUGGGUACCUCUGUUCCCAUUGGGAAUGCUGGGUACCUGUGUGCUGGGUACCUCUGUUCCCAUUGGGAAUGCUGGGUACCUCUGUGCUGGGUACCUCUGUUCCCAUUGGGAAUGCUGGGUACCUCUGUGCUGGGUACCUCUGUUCCCAAUGGGAAUGCUGGGUACCUGUGUGCUGGGUACCUCUGUUCCCAUUGGGAAUGCUGGGUACCUGUGUGCUGGGUACCUCUGUUCCCAAUGGGAAUGCUGGGUACCUGUGUGCUGGGUACCUCUGUUCCCAUUGGGAAUGCUGGGUACCUGUGUGCUGGGUACCUCUGUUCCCAUUGGGAAUGCUGGGUACCUGUGUGCUGGGUACCUCUGUUCCCAUUGGGAAUGCUGGGUACCUGUGUGCUGGGUACCUCUGUUCCCAUUGGGAAUGCUGGGUACCUGUGUGCUGGGUACCUCUGUUCCCAUUGGGAAUGCUGGGUACCUGUGUGCUGGGUACCUCUGUUCCCAUUGGGAAUGCUGGGUACCUCCACAGCCCUGCCCUGAACCCCCCAGCCUCGGAGGGAAGGAAGCUCCAGGAGAUCCCGGAUGGCUCCAGUCAAAAUCAGCUUCGUGGUGUCCUUCUCCUCACAGGACCCCCGGUUCCCGGUGCAGAACCUGCUCCGCGCGGACGCCCGCCGGCCCUGGCUGUGCAGCCCGCAGGACCGGAGCCGGCAGCUGCGCGCGGAGCUGCAGCUGGAGCGCGCCGUUGCCAUCGGCUACGUGGAUGUCGGGAACUGCGGCUGCGCCUUCCUGCAGCUCGACGUGGGGCGCUCGUGGUGGCCGCGGGACCGGCCCUACCUGGCCCUGGUGCCCAGCGCGGCGCUGAGGAGCGAGGCCGAGGCCAGGCUGGAGCAGAACCGCUGCGGGGUGCGGAUGUUCAAGGAAGCCGACUUCCUGGAGCCGGCGCUGGGGCAGACAUGGGACCGGCUGCGCCUCACGCUCCGCCAGCCCUUCGGCCGGCACAGCCAGUUCGGGCUCUCCUUCAUCCGCGUGCGCACGGCCCUGGACCCUCCGCACCCGGUGGGUGCCCCAGCCCUGCCCUGGGGCAGCGGUGAUGGGCUCGGC